GCAGACCCUGCGCGCCCUGUCUGCGGCGGAUCCGGGCCUCGGCAAUGCGGUGGAGUACGCCGCCUGGACGCUGACGCACGGGCACCGAGUCAACCAUGUCACCAUCCUGCUGAAUACCCUUGGCAUCGAUGGCGUAAACACCCUGGCCGACCUGAAUGCGCUUCUGCAGGCGGAGGGCUUCGAGUUCAACCCCGCGGGCGGCGCGGACGGGUGGUCUCAGGGCUCCCGAGCUGUUCAUUUGGAGCAGAGCUCCACCCUGGCAGAUCUGGUGCCGCACACCUUCGGGUGCGGCAGCCGCGCGGAGGUGCCCUGUUCGUUCCUGGAGCUCAUCCAGCGACAUGAAGGCUUCCGGGGCUUUCUGGGGCAGAAUGCGAAAGGCAUCUUCGCGUCCACCAAUGCUCGCCCAAGCCAGCCCGUGGCAUGA